AUGGCUACAGCAUUAAGUUAUGAGUCGCAAACACCAAUUCUUCGUAGGCCGAGAAAUUUUCAAUGGUGUUGGAAUUUAUCUGAUAACUUGCCAAACUGUGACCCAGAAUCAUGGGAAAAAUACAGUGAUAUUGAAAAUGAAAUCAUCGAAGACGCUUUCAUGGACGGAAAAACAGAAGUUGAAAUUGAUGGCGAUCGUUUAGUUGACUUAGGUUAUAUGCGAGAUUACACAAAAUCGGACAAGUCUAAUGUACAUUUUAUCAAACGUUUUCCCUUAAUCAAAAGUGAAGCAAAUGCUUCACUGCGCACCAAACGAUUUUCCACAUCACUUCCGAUACUUUGGGAAUCGUCUGACGAAGAAUUUGGCCUUGAUCCACUAGUUCGACAGGAAAUUCAUAAUCGAUAUAUUAACCAGAAAGGCUGUGGUAACAAAACAUUUUCGGCAGUCGUCGAAGAUGCGGCAACGGGAAUUAUUACCGAAGGUACUGCCUUGGAAAAACAAUGCGAAGCAGAAUGGUUAGCUCAGCAAUUAUUAGCAGUAAAACAUCAUGGGACAGCGCCUAAACGAGAAAGUUUGGCUCUGCCUAAAGUGAUUGGUGAAACUUGUAUUUUCCUCUAUACGCGAGAUAGCUUUUGGUUCAAGUUAAUAAAUAAAGUUCUUCGCACUUCCAGAGAAUUUAUCGAAGAAUAUGUGAAAACUCUUGGUCCAUUUUGUUAUCUUUUGCAUAUAGCUUUGAAGGAACAUGCAGAUAAUACAACAAAGAUAGUUUAUCGUGGAGUAAAUAUCAGUGAUGCUGAAAGAGCAGAAUAUACAUCAGGCCGUGAAAUUCAGUUUUAUUCGUUUGUAUCGACAAGCAAAAAUCGAGCUCUGGCAGAGAUUUAUGGAAAUACUCUUAUGAUUAUAGAUUUACGGGAAUAUCAACCAGAUGAUCCAGGUAGCACUCCAGAGAAAAUGCUCCGUAGCCGUACAGCUUACUGUGGAGCUUCAAUUGCUCAUCUGUCAAAUUUUCCAGAAGAAGAAGAAUUUUUAAUAUGGGGAUUUGGAUUGCCGGUAUUUGUGAUUAAAAAGUGUGAAUAUGAUGCUACGAACGAUAAACAUAUUAUCUAUUUACGCUUUUCAAUGGAUAAUAUUUAUUGGUAG